UGUGUGUGUGUGUGUGUGUGUGUGGUUCGCUCGCAGCAUCCGCGCGUAUAUAUGCAGUAUAUUUUCUCAGUGGUGGGUGGGCAUUGAAAUACGACACACACUGUAGGAAGAAAUUGAGGAUGAUUCGUGCGAACACGACCGCCGGGAUUUGUACUGCUGCGUCCGGCACCAUCACCACCAAGGACUCGCUGACCUCGUCGUCACCGCGACUGGACAAACUCAGCAAGGAGCUCCACAGACAAUGCGGAGUGCUCGGUGAGCUCGACGACCUGACCUACCACCUGAAGCUGGACCUGGAGAGCCUGUCCUCGCGGGACAGGUUGGCAGUGGCCAGCGUGAGCAGUGGCGGCUGCGCGCCGCUCUUCAAGGCGUGUCGCGUGGGCAACCUAGGUGUCGCUCGCUACCUCAUCGACGUCUGUCGAGUGGACGUCGACCAGAAAGGUUACACCAAGGAAGGCGCCCGAGUGUACCACAACACGACGCCGUUGUGGUACGCUGCAGUCAAGGGCCACCGACGCCUCGUCGAGUUCCUCCUGUCCGUCGGCGCCGACGUGAAUGCCGUCACCGACACGGGCUCCACGCCGAUCCGAUCCGCGUGUUUCUCCUCGCGCAUCGACAUCGUGGAACUGUUGCUGAAACAUGGGGCAGAUGCGGAGAUUGCCAACUGCAACGGCGGCACGUGUCUCAUCAACUCUGUGCAGAGUGCUCCUUUGUGUCGCAUGUUGUUGCAGCACGGCGUGAACGCGAACGUGGCGGAUUUGCACGGGCGAACAGCUGUGCACUACGCAGUGAGCAUGAACAAGCUGGAAGCGCUCCAAGUGCUCGCCGAGUUCAACGCCGACUUUACGACACGGACGAUCCAAGGCGAAACUCCGUUGAUGCUGGCGUGUCGCGAGGCCAAGUGCAACGUGUUCGAGUUCCUCGUGGACCAGGUGCGACGCGUGCACUCGUCGUCGUCGUCGUCGUCGGCG